AUGGCACUAGAGCUGAAGAGUGUGAAAACAGCUGACCCUACUCUCUAUGACCAAUUUGAAAUGGUCGCUUGUGCCGCAUGCCAUUGUUCAGACCACCUAGUGGAUAAUUUUCCAGACCUACAAGCAUUUCAGGAAUCUAUAUUUAAACAAGCCAAUGCUUUGUAUCAUAAGCAAGAGAAUAACCCUUAUUCUCAGACCUACAACCCCGGGUGGAGGAAUCACCCUAAUUUCUCAUGGUCUAAAGGGCCCGUACAGAGGGGUACAACAAGUAAUAAUCAAGGAUAUUCAUAUCCUAGAAACCUCCAAGUACAAACACACACACAAUACCCUGUAGAGAAAAGGCCUAGCUUUGAGGAUGGUGUAAACCAAAUGAAUCAAAACCUUUUGCAAUAUCAGAAGUUAAAUGACCAGAGGAUUGCGAGUUUAGAACUCAAAAUGGGUCAACUUUGUGAUGCACUAAACGACAGAGAAAAAGGAAAACUCCCUAGUCAACCUCAACAAAUUCAGAAAAGUGCAUUUCAGGCAAGCACCUCAACUUGUAAUGAUACUCCACGAGAUCAUGUGAAUGAUGUCACCACUCUUUAUAGUGGUAAAUUUGUUGAAAACAAUGUAGGUGUACCACAGUCAGUGGUGUCUAAAUCAGACUCACCGGUGCAUACAACUCCACAGAAAACACCUGUUGAGGAAAAGGAAUCUGAGCAUAAUAGUGACUCUAAGAAAUCCACUGAUGCUAAUGUCCCUGCACCAUCUCAUAUCCUUGUUGCUCCAUUUCCUCAAAGAUUGGUGCAGCAGAAUAAAGGUACCCAAUACAAUGAGAUGUUAGAAAUGUUUAAACGAGUCAAUAUAAACAUCCCUUUUCUUGAAGCAAUCAAACAGAUACCUGCAUAUGCUAAAUUCUUGAAAGAUAUAUGCACACAAAAACAAAAGCUUCAUGUGCAUAAGCGUGCCUUUGUCACUGAACAGGUAAGUUCAAUUGUCCAAAACAAGACCCCACCUAAGUUUAAAUACCCAGGUAGUCCUACUAUCACCUGCACUAUAGGUAAACAUACAAUCGAUAGGGCUUUGCUAGACUUAGGUUCAAGUGUGAACCUUUUGCCAUAUUCUGUGUAUAAGCAACUAGGUCUUGGGGAGAUGAAACCCACUCCUGUUACGCUACAGUUAGCAGACAGAUCUGUGAAAAUCCCUCGUGGUAUUGUUGAAGAUGUGUUAAUCAAGGUUGAAAUUUUUUAUUUUCCUAUGGACUUCAUUGUGCUAGAUACUCAACCUGUGCAAUAUACAGAUAAUCAUAUUCCUGUCAUUUUAGGACGCCCUUUCUUGGCGACGUCCAAUGCCAUCAUAAAUUAUCGUAAUGGAGUGUUGAAUUUGUCCUUUGGUAACAUGACCGUAGAACUAAAAAAUUUUAACAUUAGUCAACAACCCAUGGAUUGUGAUGAUAGUGAUUUGCAUGAUUGA